AUGCCUUCACUAAGGGACCUCAAUUGCGCCAUCGAGCUAUCCGGGAGUCAACAAGCAUUGCGAGAGUUUGGCACCAUAUACGGCGACGGCUUCGUAGAAACUUUCGUCCCCGUACCCAAAAAACCACAGUCUUUCUCCAUCCACCUCACCUCCAACAAGUUCAUCGCUCCAGGCGUUGCCAUUUUUGUUUAUGUCGACGGCGUCUACCAAUGUAACCGCAACAGGCAAGACUUGAAGCUACGGAAGCCUUCCGAUAGUCGCUCUCUUGUCGACUUCCGUGUGCGCCAGAAAGAAGAGAGGCAGAAAGAUGGGUCGAUGAUUGCGAGGGAGUGGGCUUUUAAUAAACUCAACAUUGCUUCAGCGGACGAUGCACCGAACAUUUGUUCGCCAAACAUUCUCGACAACAUAGGCUGCAUCGAAGUCGUCGUUCUACGAUGCGCCGGUACGCGCAAUGCCAAAUCUGCCUCAACGAUGAACUUUGAUGGAGCAGGAGACUUCCCAGAUCACCGGUUUGGCGUAGACGAUGGCUCAUCGCCAUCUAACGAGAGGUCCAUGUACGAUGACCGGGGACCAUUCUUCAACACCUUCGGCAAUGGCCACGGUCCACCGCCGCCGGUGCCUUCUUAUCGCUCGCCAUAUGCCGAAACGCCGGCUUUCUCCUCGCGCGAUCAACAGAGCGAACACGGUUCAAACUGGGCCAAGUCACAGCCUGGAUGGGGCGAACGACCUCCACGAAGUAGAGCAGGUACCCAUGUUACCUGGAACGCUGAGCCUGCUUUCGAGACCGACUCCUCCAGUGCCGGCGGAUGGAAUGCGCGGGAUGAGACCCCCUCCGAUGCCUGGGACACUGGAGAUACUUGGCCAACCGACAAGGCAGCUGAAUGGGACGCCUCUAGCCAACAGGGAAAACUCUGGGUGACUAAUCCUCCUAUGAUGGAUGCGCCCCCUUCUGUACAUCCGGAACAAGUACGGUCACGGCAGCCUAGUACUUACGCUGUUCCGCCUGCUCCGGUGAUGCCCACACCAGAGUGGAACGCUGCUGUUCACGAGGCUAUGAGGAAGCCUAGCAAUGUUCCGAGUAACAUAUUCCCCGCUCCAUAUGCACUAUCAAUGAAGGACUUUGUUCAGAGUACAGAUGGUGAGAAAGUAGGAGGUGGGCAAUUACCUUCGGCUGUGUCUUGGGGUAGCGGUAAGAAAGAUCCCAUUAUCAAAACUUCUUGGGGCAAAGAAUUUGAGAAGAACACCGGCUGGGGAAAGAACGGUGACAAUGGUUGGCAAGAAAAGGACCUCAAGGAGAAUGUUAAGAAGGGUUGGUACUCAACCGACGAUGAUCAGGCCGGAGGCUGGAACGAGGCCGAUGACAACAAGAAGACCCAAGCUGAUGAUGGCGGCUGGAACACGAAACAUACCGGUUGGGAUAAUCCCCCAUCCUCACCAAAACAAGAGCGAGUCGACAAAAUGAAUGACUGGGCCGGUCUCAAAUCCGCCUUGACAUCCGCUUUUGCCAACCCAGCAGUACCAGCACCAGCACCAGCACCAGAAAAUGCCUGGCCAACCCAAUCAUGGAGCUUCCCCGCCGACAACGCGGUACAGCCCGUUGUCCAACAGCCUACUACCGCACUUCUUACUUCCGCCCCAAUACCACCUGUACCUGUACCUGACAAGAUGACUCCACCCAACCGACGCAUGAGCAACAAAACCCUCUCUCGAUACCGACCCAAUCACAACUUCCCCUCCCGCAUCCAUCCCAAACCCACACCAAAUUUGACGGCUCAACCACACUGGCAGUUUCCUCCUCCUCCUUCUACUUCCGUAUCCAAGAACGUCCUGCACGCCUCCUCCCCGAACGACACGUACAUCGCACCAGCCGAACCGCGCCUCACCAUCAGUAAAUCCACAUCCAGCAAAAGCGGCAUCGAACACGCCGUGCGCGCAGGCAAAGCAACGGAGUACGGUCAUGUUGUCGGACGACCUGAGUAUCUAGAUCGUUUGGAGAAGCCGUAUGCGGUGUUCCGGUUUAAGUAUCGGAGUGAAGGGGUACUGAAAGGACUGGGUGUACUUGGGGAGGGGGAUAUGAAGCAUGAUGGGGAUGCGGAGAAGGAAAAACAGGAGGCAGAGAAGUUGAAAGGCAUACCUCAGGAGGAACUCAUUGCGAAGAUGUUGGCUUUGGAGAAGAGGUUAAAAGAUAAACACAAUGGGGAGGGUACUACUGGUGGUGAGAAGGAGAGGAAACACAGUAAGACUCACGCCGACAAGGAGAAACAGAACUCGAAACAGAGGCGGUCGAGUGAGAAAACGGAUGCGCAUGGUGAUGGCCGGGUUAAGGAUUUUACGGAACAGUGGGUUGAGCGGCAUUCGAGAGAUCCGAGUGUGAAGGCGAAGAGUGCAGCUGUUAAGGAGGUGGUUUGGGAGGGAGAUAAGGAGAGGAAGGAGAAGGAAGUAGUGGGAACGUGGGGACAGGAUGCGAAUGAGGGAUGGGGAGGUGGAGGUAUGACAUGGUAA